GGGUAGAAACUGGGGAAGUGACAAAAUACAAAAAUUUUCCUCCAGAAGGUGAGAACGUUACCUGUGCUGCUGUUAACGGGGGGAAAGAAAACGAAGUCCCAGGCAGCCAUGGCCCUGUCGCAGGUUUUAGACGACUCGCCGUUGAGGCUGUUUCAAAGACUCCCCGUGAACGACGGUCCUAACCCGCAGGAGGUCUACAACGAGAGACACCGGCUGGCUUUGGAGGAGCUUCUCUCCGGGGGGGUCGACAGCUUCCUGGAUUUUCUCGGGAAGGAGAAGAUCCCCAACUUUCUGUCAGAUGAUGAGAUCCAGCGGAUUCGGAGCACCGCGGUUCAGCCGCCGCGGUGCGCGUCAUUCCACGGGGAGGAUCCGGAGCAGCAGCUCGGCAGCUCCAUGGACUGUUCCUCGGUCACUUAUUUUCCCGAAGUGUCCGACGUGGAGCCGCCGCUGCUGGAGAUCGGAUGGCCGGCCUUCACCGCAGGCUCCUACCGGGGAGUGACGCGGGCCGUGGCUCACUUCCAGCCCAGCUAUGGAGAGUCCAUCUACGCCUGCAAAGAAGCUGCGAGGCGGAUGAUCAAAAGUGCAAGAGAGGUGAUCGCCAUAGUAACAGACUCCCUCACAGACCUGGACAUCUUUAAGGACCUUCAGGAGGCGUGCUCCCACCGCAGUGUCCCCGUCUACAUCCUGCUCGACCAGUCAUGUGCCGGCGCUUUCCUAAAGAUGUGUAAGAACGUCGGUGUACGCCUGGAAGAACUCCAGCACAUGAGGGUGCGGACCAUCGCUGGUACGACUUAUUACAUGAGAUCCGGAGCCAGGAUAACGGGGGAAGUCCAUGAACGCUUCAUGCUGAUCGAUGGGAACCGAGUGGCAACAGGUUCCUACAGGUUUAACUGGACCGAUGGUAAACUGAACAGCAGCAACCUGAUCGAGCUCUCUGGUCAGAUAUCAGAGAAGUUUGACGAGGAGUUCCGCAUCCUCUACGCUCAGUCCCAACCUAUAAACACACGUGGGCAUCAGAGCAACAGAGGCAGCGGGAUCUUUGAUCACCUCGGCAUCAAACACUUGGUCACCGCCUCGCCUAACGCUGUCAGAGAGAAGCUGGCUGAGCGUGCUCAUCUGACGAGCACUCCCAGCCGUAAGCCGCCGACGUCACCCCGUCAGAAUCCAGGUGACAGUAAAACCAGCCCAACGUCUGACUCCUCCACCAUAGACGGGGACAUGAUGGAGGCUGGUAGUGAAAAUGAUCGCCCUCCUGCAGACCCAGCAACCAUCGCUUCUGCCUGCCGCCACGUCUCGACUCAGACCAGCCCGUCAGGGACGGAUAGCGACACGCAGACUGACGCUCAGCACCUCAGCCUCGUUACGGCGGCUAAAACCCCUCAACGGGACAAAUCUGCCAGGCAGGCCUCCCCUCACCAAGCCACUCGGGAGACUCCUUUAAGGGAAGCUUUUCACAAGCUGUCCAGAGAGCGUCAGCACCACUACUCUGCCAUCCGCUCCAAACUGGAACACAUGGUGACUUCCCUAACAGAGAGGCGAGAGCUGGCAGACGUCACCAACGUGACUCAGGGCCCUGGAGCCCACAGCAGCAGGCAGAGGGUACACAAAGACUGCAUGCUGGAAACAAAUCUCAGACUGACUGCAGAAAGUGGAGGCAUGGGCACGUGGCCAAGAGCCAGAUGUGUGCACUAGCUUGUCUGCAGGGAUUUUAGCGCUGGAAGGCAGCAGGGAACAAUCUGAUUAAAUACUACUAUAUCUGUUUACUUCAGAGCUGUGUGUUUUUUUUCUAAACAUUGUUUUUUUUUUCAUUUGUUGGUGCUGGAUGACAUUUAAUACUAAAGUCAUGUUGAAAUGUUAACCUAGGAUGGUAAAAUGAGACCAGUGUAACGAGCCUGAGUCAAAUCUGCUGUAGUCUGAGUGGAAACACUCAGAAAUGCUGUUUUAGUUAUAUAAUGUGCCUCGGGCUGCUGUAACUACAUCCAGAGAUCUUUCUGGAGAGCAGCUGGCUCUCACUGUGCCUUAAAAAAUAAAAGCAGGUCUAUGUAACGACCUCGUCUUCACGUUA